AUGACGUCUACAAUCACCACAACACCGACGACGACGUACAACUACGUCUACACAACCUACACAAACGCGUCGCCGAGCCCUUUCACCAAACCCACAGAGUUCCCGUCCAUCUUCAGCUACGGCCCUGCAGUAGGAUGCGCCUCCAACUCUGCCAUGCCCGAUACACCCGCGCAGCCUUCCAAUUACCCUCUCGGUCGACCGUCCGGCCGCGAUGGCGGAUGCGUCAUCAGCAACGACGCGGACUUCAACGACCAUGCUUUCUGGGACAUGUACGCGUGCUGUUCUGGAAACGAUAGCACCGCAAUGGGCAGCCCGUUCCCUUGCACGGCAAUGUGCUCGGCUAGCGACGAACAGAGCUUCUUGGAGCUGGGAGAGUGUCUGAGCAAGAGGGUCGACGUUGUUAUCUGCACUCCGCCGUUCGACGAGAUUAGCAAGAAUUCGACGGACCCGGAUACGGCUAGUAGCAGCAGUUCUGCUGCACAGUCGUCAUCGGCGAGGACGAUGAGCGAGAGCGGCCUGACUGCGAGCUCAAGUGGCGAUGCGAGCGCGAGUGCUAGCUCUUCGAAUGCGGACUCGACGGGCGCUGCCAGUGCGGUGGGUGUUACACAUGGUGCGUUUUCGAAGGCUGGGCUGGCGGUAUUCGGCAUCAUGGCGCUCUGCUCCGCUGCGGGCAUGUUCUUGUAG